ACAAGUUAAGUACACGUACACCAGUGAUAUCUGAAUUUUGCGCGCCGUAUUUGGAAAACGAAUUUUGAAAACGGACGGCAGAAUUUUGGUUAUCAAGGAUGGUGGCCCCAAGUUGCCUACGUGAAGCUUUCCUCCAAGCUGCUGAAAACAACGAUCAGGAAGAAUUCAUUCAUUUCCUGCAACGACAUAAUGCAAAAGACGAUGACUUGACUGUUGAAGAGAUCCUACAGAGCUUCUCACGUAAGCAGUAUGAUCGUCUUUGGUCUGGUCUGAACCAGAUGUGUGCAUCUACACUCCUGAAUUCACCAUUUGAAACUGCAGAAGAUAGUGAAGAGGGGGCAGGGAACAAGGAGUCUUCCUUGGCAACCCAUGUCUGCCUCCAAGGCAUUGUUACUGUGGCCUCUAUUUGUCUGGCCAUGAACAAGCCAGUCAUUACACAGGCAAUGUUUGAGACAACUAUUUACCUUCAUGGUGUAUUAUUAGAUCUUCCUGACUCUGCCAGCAAGUUACAGCAUGGAAUAGCCAAGCUGUGUGAAAAGUGGUGGGUUAGUGAGCACAUGGGACGGGAAGAGCUUGUGGCCAACACCCUCAUGUACUUUAUAGUCAGGAGCCUGCAGUCAUCAGCAACCAUUGCUGAUAUCAAGAGUCUGGAUAGCCUACGCCAUGCCUUAAGCAAGAUUAACCUUGAUGUGGAGAGCAGUACUACACUGAAGGAUCUCUUGGAGCAGUGUAUGACCAAACCAAACUAUCUCAAGCAAGACAAGGGUCGUCGAUUCUUAAGCUUCCUGUUGACAUUGAAUCCAUCUUUCCUUGAGAGACUUCAUAAGGCUAUUAAGACUCAGUUACCAGUCUGUCCAAAGUCGGCUAUUGACUCUUACGGUGAGAUAUACUUCAAGGCUUGGAGGGUUUCCAGUGGACCUAUUCUCGAGAAACUAGAGAAACAUUGUAUCCAGGACUUGAUGUAUCAUGCUGUGCAUGCCUGUCGUGUGGGCUCCAGAUCAUUGGCUUCAACAUUGAGACAGCUCCUGAGUUACUUCAGCAAGCAGAAGCGCCAGCAGGGUGUGGAUAAGAUGCUUCUAACUCUCUAUGAACCCAUCAUAUGGAGAGCCGUCAAGGUUGCCAAUGCCAGUGUGCGUGCCAAUGCAGCAGCUCUACUGAUUGACGCCUUCCCUCUGCAAGACCCAGAAUCUAACAAGGAGGACUCCGAUGCACUCACACAAAAACAGUUUGACAUUUUCCAGGAUCUGCUGGAUGAUCCCUGCCCAGUAGUCCGUGUGACCGGUGUCCAUGGCAUAUGUCGUAUUGCCAGUGUGUUCUGGGAGCUGAUACCAGGCCACACCUUGGAAGCCUUCAUGACCAAGCUGAUCAGAAACAUGGCAUUUGACAUCAGUACAGCCGAUGUAAGGGCUGCCGUCUUCAAGGGUCUGACGAACCUCCUUGACAACCAUCUGAGUCAUCCAUUACUGAAGAACUUUCUACCCAUCUUGAAAGAUUUCAUCCAUGACAGUUCAGAAAAGGUCCGUGUGGCCUUUGUGGAUCUCUUGCUUAAGAUCAAAGGGCUGAGAACCAUCAAGUAUUGGAAUAUAACCCCUAUGGAGCAUCUUCUAGCUCAACUGGUGGAAGAUUCUGCCCCUGUGGCUCGUCGUCUGGUCGCUCUUCUCUUCAAUUCACUCCAGCCAGUGGAUAGGACUGGUGAGGUCCAAAUAGAACGCUGUAUUACCCUGAUCCAGACUAACCCGACUGCUAGCAGGGUGUUCUAUCAGUAUGCACAUAGGCAUAUGUCAGUAGCUACAGCAGGGAAAUUCUUGCUGCUUCUUGGCCAAUGUAUUCUGGGCUGUGUCCGUAAGGCUCAGUCUAAGAACGGACAAUCCCAAACAAACCCCACCCAGGGGGCGGGGCAAGAUGAAGGGGAGGAGGAGAAGGAGAACGUGGUUAGAGAUGAGGACAGCUUGAGUCUACAAGAUACUGACAUCAUGGAAGGAAUGUUGGAGAUCAUUGCUGUACUCUGGACAGGAAUUAAUGAUCAGCUGGCUAAGCCUGAGAAUCAAACCACUAAGAAGCAGCUUGUGUCUAGAUUCAGCAAAGCCCUGCCAGAAUUCCUGGCUGUCUUCCAGGAUGGUCGUGCUUUGUCGGCUGUGUUAGUCAUUGCUGGAUAUGUACCGUCGUCAUCUAUUCCAACAUUCAGUCGGAGCUGUUUGACAACACUGAAGGCCAUGACGCCCUCUGCCACCUCGUCUGACUUUGGACCCCUCCUGGAGUGUCUUGUGGCCUGGGGGCGGGGCUCUGAUGUACUAGAGCUCAUAUCUGAUUGGCUGGAGGCUGCACUCAGGACCAGUCCAAAAUCUAAGAAGGUAACUUCAAAAUCUAAGAAGAAAUCUCGGCAGGUCAGUUUCUGUGAUCCUAUUCAGCCACAGCCAAUUCUUGCAUUGAGCUACCUGGACUGGCUACUGUCACAAUUCCCAUGCCUAUCUGUCCUAUUGGCAUCCUGCUCCGAUAAGCUUCAAGAUCUCAGCUCAGUCCUCAAGACUACCCUGGUGUGUCUGGAGCAGCGUUUGAUGAGCCCUAAGCCCUUGAGUGACCUGGUUACUGAUGAGGUCUUGGUGACAUCCCUUCAGAUGUACUGCAGACUGCAAAUCCACCUGACAUCUGGUCAUUUGGUCAGUCAGUUGGACCAGAAUCUUACAACUCAGGAUGGAACCAUGAGUAGGGGUGCGACAUGGACUCUGACUGAGCUGAUUGCAUGGGCAGAUAGGGAGAUACUCACUAGGAUGCAAGGGGGACCAGACCCCAGGACAGAUCACCAGUCAGCUGAUGAGGAUUGCCCAGCAGCUAAAAGAACCGCAGUAGACACGGCAGAUAGGAAUCUGUUGGAUCUUGGAAUGGAAAUCUUGAAGGUUAUUCUCAGCAUGAGUAGUGAGACCAUCAUGCUUGGAAUCAGUGACAAGGAAUUCCAGACUGGAUUGGCUGACUUCUGUCAGCUGCUUCUCAAAACAGACUAUGGCUUUGAGUUACUUCCAGUGGUUACCAGACUUCUGUAUCAAAUGAGCCAGCAAGAUCUGAACCAUAGCCUGAUGGAUGACAGGGGGAGGACUGAUGAUGUAGCAUCCAGCCAUCUCCUUGGUUGUCUCAUCAAGACACUGGUAGACAGAACUAUGCAGGAUUCAGAUGGGACAAAGGAACAAGUACAAAAGACCCUGACUGCAAUGAAGCCAGCCAUGCGUGAAGUCUUACACUGCUGCCACAAACAACAGCAGCAGCAAGCAAUCCUUGGCAGCCCAAGACAUGACAUCAUGUCAUCCAUCAUGGCUGCUUCAGUUGCCGAGGUAACGCAUCACAUGCAAGGAGGUGGGCUGGACCGUUGCCGAGAUGUGACUGAAUUACCCACAGUAUCUGCCUUCUUGUUGGGUCUGAUAGCACGUACACAGUCCAGGCUGGGAUCCUUUGUGAGUGAGAUGGAACGGUUCACAUCAUCAGAUGCCGUAGGAAGCAUUGAGGAUCUGACAGCAGUUUUGCAUGUACUGUAUGCAAUCAGCCACGGAUCCAAGAAGGCUGCAGGAAUCCAGACAUGUUUAUCAGCUGUUGGUAACAAGCUAGAGGAACUACAAAGACUGAGGAAAGACAACACAGAACAUGAUGUGGCCGAUCCAAACACCGAUAAUUUUCUGUUUCAACAAGCGACUCAGAUGACCCAAGAUGUUCAGAUAGCCAUCGGGGGCCCAGCCUAGACAAAUAUCUCAUCACUUGCAUUUAAGCAAGUGUAGGUAGGCAUUAACAAAAUAAACAUAAUGCAUGAAAUCCAAACCAUUCCAUUUUUAGAUUUUUUUGAAACAAGAAACCUUUUAAUCUCUGGUUGUCAUAUGGCAUUCCAGUUGGCAAGACACUGUUUUUUUUACAAUGUAAUAUGAAUAAUGCUCAAGUUAGAAAUAUGGUUCUGGGUGCACAUUUAUUAGAGCAGCAUUUAAUCCUCAUAUACCAACACAGUUGAACAAAAUAUGCUGUAAAUCAACUAUAUUGAUUUUAAACAAGUACUUAAAAAUUGGGCUAUACCUUUUCCAUAAGCUUGGUCCUCCGACUGGUGAUAGGGUGCAUCCCAGUGUCACAUAAUUGUACACAGAUUUUACAAUGUUUCUUACCAUAAGAAUCAUUUAUGGUAUAAUAGCUUUUGAUUAACUUGCUGUAUUAACAUUUAAAACUUAAAUUUCCUUUGUAAAUUUCAAAUAUUUUCAAACAUUACGUUUGCAUGACUGUCUCAAAUAGAUACUUUUGACAAGCCUGGUACUGAAGAAAUAUAGCAGAUGGAUUGAGAAAUCAGGCUCUUGUAGUGAAAAUGUACCUUUCUUUUUGGAUCUGGUGGGGCUGAUCUUAUUUGAGGAACUGGCCUGAUUUAGAGGAGAAUAAGUUUUGUAAAUAGCUGCUCUUUGGAUUAAGUAAUUAAUGAUUGGAGUGGUCGUAAGAGUGGAAUAUCGCCACACAUUUAUUGGAUAACCUCAAUCAGCAGUCAGUAUUGAAUAGGAAAAUGGACAAAAUUCAUAGUUGACAUAUCCUGGCAAGUUGAGUACUUCAAAGCUCAUUGAUUUUUAUGGAAGUGUCACACUUAACUCAAUUUCAUUUGUUAAAUGAAAUUUAACACCUUUUAUAUGUAAACCCAAGAACUGGAUCACUCUUUCAGAUUGCUCAUCUUAAACUGUCAGUUUACAAGGUCUAAUUGUGUAUUUUUUGUUUAAAAUUCAAGCACCAUAUUGAAAAAAAGUAACAAAGUUGCAUAUGAGUUUCUAUGCAUUGGGAUAAGAUGUUUUGAUAUUUUGUAUUGGUGAUCAGCAUUCCAUGUAGUCUUUGCCCAAGACGUCAGUGCUUCAGAGCGAUAGUUGCAUAUUUGUGUAGCACCCUUGCAUAAUUGUUUUUUACUUUCUUGCACUUACGUCUUGGUCAUUUCGUAGCAAGGGGGCUGGGCCAUUUUAUGUCAAUAAAACUGUCUGUAUAAAUUCGAA